UCACAGGUCUGAAGUAUCCAACCCCUAAGGAGUCAGACCCAGAGAGGAAGCAGAAGGCUGCUAAAUGUCUGACAUUUCGUGGAAAUCAUGGAAAACCCGGCAAACAACAGCAAGCACGCUGAUAGCACGGGAGACUGCGCCAUCUGCUUGGAGAGGAUUCAGAGGAAGAAAACGCUUAAGUGUCAGCACUCUUUCUGCUCGGAGUGCAUCGACUCAGUUUUCAGACUGAAGCCCGCAUGUCCGAUAUGCAACACAUUCUACGGAGUGUACACGGGGACCCAGCCGCAGGGCACGAUGACGGUGACCCACAGCUUUCUGAAGCUACCGGGCUUCGAGAACUGCGGCUCAAUAGUUAUCCAGUACAAUUUCCCAGGGGGGAUACAAGGGGCUGAGCACCCAAAUCCCGGUGUGAGGUACAGCAGCACCUCUCGUACUGCCUACUUGCCAGAUUGUGCAGAGGGACAGAAGGUCUUGAGGCUGCUAAGGAAAGCAUUCAACAGAAGACUUACUUUUACCGUCGGACGAUCGGCCACCACAGGCCUCAACAAUGUCAUUACCUGGAACGACAUUCACCACAAGACCAGCAUAAAUGGCGGUCCAGAGAGUUUUGGUUAUCCAGAUCCAGCGUACCUGUUCAGGGUUCAAGAGGAGCUUCGCCUUAAAGGUGUAACAGAGGAUGACUGAUUGUUCGAAAACAUUUUUUAGACAGAGUUAGUGCUGCUCUUAAUAAAGUUCCCAGUUGCAAAUCUGCACUUUUCAACAGUAAUGUUCACCACGGAUACUUGAAGAUAUGUUUUUGUUUUUUUGUAUAGGACCUAGGCUAAACUGAGGGAGAAGUUUAGCUUUUCCAAAGACUUUUUCUGCUUUAUUCCUGUUAUGUAGCUGAUUUACUUUAAGCCAAUAAGCAAAGUGAGUUUGGUAUUGAUUUCAUUAGUGUACACAGCACCGUUCACAUUUUUUAGUAGUCUUGGUAAAAAAGUGUGGAAAGUAGAAAAACUAAGUUAAUCUUUUGUCACCUUAUUCUGAUCACACACUGAAAAACAUCCUGUUUACCUCACUGAGUUCGAAGUGUUUCAAGCAUCAUUCAGGAUGUAGUGGAAAAGAGGCUUUCCUGGAACCUAUGCCUUGGUGGAAUUGCAUGUAUCCAUUUUGAAGAGUGACUAGGAGAAAUGGACUUGCAUUUAUUUACCUGUUUAUUUAUAACUCCAACAAGCAGGAAAAUGUGGAUUAGACUUUGAACAAUACAAAAAAGUAAAAUAGUCAUUCAAAAAAGCAAAAAUACACUUAGGAGUUGAACAUAAUUUUUAGGUGAAGGUUGAAUUUUUUUUGUGGCAGAGGGGAAUUAAAGAUUAGUUUAUUUAAAGGACUUUAACACAUUUCUUUUUUCUUUUUCUUUCUUCAGGGAUGCCAUUAAAAUUAGAGUGUUAUGUUUGUAACAAUUUAUUUGCACUGGAUGGAAACAUAAUAUGAUUGAAAAGUGAAUGUUUUCUAGGGUCAAUGGCAGAGUCAGAUAAAUGAUCCUGUAUAUUAUUUUGUUGACAAUCAGUCCUGUUUAUUGAAAAUGCUUAAAAUAUUUUGUAAUUUUUGUUCUUUUCCAGCUUCCUUCUUUAAAAAAAAGCGUGAAAACAUGCAAACAUUUUUUGUGAAAAUAUAUUUGAACAUAACAUUUCCCAUAAAAUAUAUUUAACUAAAUUUAAAUUUUAUUUUUAAAUAGGUGUACCAAAAAACCCCUAAAGAAUGACCGUGCCUGGCUAACAACUAAUUAAAGUAAAUUACAUUGGGUUUUUUUUUAAGUAGGUUUAUUAGCCUUUCUACAAAAACAGAAUUUUGUGUAAUAUUUUUUAUUUUUGCAAUAAUGCACCUUAAUUGAUUUCGUGCCUUAUGCAGUAUCAGAUAAGUUUGUGCCUUAAGAACAAUGAGUGAAAUAUGAUUUUAUGCCCUGACGUCACCUCGCUUGUACACUAGAUGGCGGUGUUCUCCUAGUAGAAGGACUGUUACAUUUCGUCGUCAUUCUGUUCCCAGCUUUCUCUCUCCCCUCAAAGUUUCCGACCUGAUGUGUUUGGGUCAGUUUUCACUGCAACAGUUAGAGAGGAGGUUGCUUUGUCUUUCGCUAAAAUUUGAUGUUAUAUUUUGGAGGAAAGUGUACUGCUGUGUGGUGAUGACUAAAAGCUGAAAGGGAAGUUGUUCUUUGUUAAUUGUGUGAAGACCGACCAAAUCAAUGCUGGACCAAAUAUAUCCUAUUUAAAACUCGCUCUGAAUGUUUUGGUCUAGCAUUACAAUGCAUGGCAUACUAAGCUGAUUUUUCACUGUGUUUCAGUGUGUUUUUUACCACGAUUUUAUGGGAUAGACCAAUGCAAACUAGCACAUUGGUCUAUCUCAUAAUGAUUGAUGGUUUAAAGCAUUUUUCCCCCCACAAAAACAAAUUUGGAAAGAAUAGUAUAACAUUCAACUUUUCCCUUACAUGUUUGGUGUUUCUUGGUCUUUAUGAUUGUUUUUGUUCCCUAACAAACCUCUGAGGCCUUCAAAUCAGCUGGAUUGAUAUAGAGGUUAAUUUACACAGCACUAUUGUGUAAACUAUAGUUUGGUAAAUUUACACAUUUACUAUUGUGUAAAUGCUUUCUGAAGUGACUUCAGAUUUUGCUCACUUUUAUUUAGGGAUAUCAGAAUGAAUCCAGCUGAAUAAAAAUGCACACUGCAGUUUGAAGAUUUUAUUCAGCUUUUUUCAACUCCUCAUACAUGAUCCUCUCCUCCCUCACUCUCGUUUGUGUCUGUAAUGUGACAAAAUGUAAACAAAACAAAAAAAAAUUAAAUUUUGGUUUUGGUCCAAAAAGAAAAGAAUAGUCAGGAAGCACGUUUAACUUUUAUUUAGUUCGAAAGUGUGCACAUGUGAUGCAACAGUCAGAUAGUGGACUGUUUUCCACUCUGACGUCAGUGUCUGGGGGCAUUUCUGUGGCCUGUAGGAUCUCAGGGCAUCUGCUAACCUCUAAUCAGAGUAGGACCCAUCUGCCACCCCACCCUGUGUUCCCCCUCUUUCUGCAGUAUUUCAUCAGUAAUAUUCAUCCAUAUGUCAUCAUCUGUCCAUUCAUUAAAAAUAACAAUAAAAAAGGUUUAUUUGAAUUGUUUUUUUUUUUGUUUUUUUUUUAAGUUCUGCAACAUUUUGGUUCUCUAAAGUAGAAAGAUCGGCUCAUAAUGCAACUUACAUUUUAAUAGUAAUCCUAGAAACCCUAAACGCUCUGAGUAGUAAGGCAGGAUUGUGUGUGAUAUAAAGCAGAAUCUAGUGAAAGUAGCACAAAGUAGAAGCAUGUCUGAAAUUACUUCUGUUUCAUUGAAUCUAACCUAGAUUUACACAUGAAAUACUUCAUCUGAAUUUGUCUGGUUUGUUACUAUAUGAGGAUGUCUCUCUGGGGUUAAAGCACAAAUGCUUUUUGUUCUUGCUAAAAAUUCAAACAGAGAAAGGUUGAUUUUGUGUGUGUGUGUGUGUGUGUUCUUUUUAUUUUAUUAGAUAAGUUUUUUUGUGUGAAAUUUUGUCUCAGAUUUUCCGCCAUAUAUUCUUCUGCACGUAGGCUCAAAAGUUCAGUUCUGGUCUCAUCUGUGCAGAGCAACAUCUUCCAUAAGUAUUCUGUAUCCACUAUGUUUGGGAAAAACUACAG